UAUUUAUUGAGUAGCUGUCUUUCAGUCUCGUGGGCUGUGACAACAUGCUAAAACCGCACGCACUCUGAGCCACAAGACAUUUAUAUUAGAAAGAAAGAGUAGGAAAGAGGUUGGAUUUUAGUCUUUAACCUGUGUUAUUCUGCAGAUAGGAUUAAUAACCUCAUUGGCACACGGUGACAGCAUUAGAAGACAUGGAGGAUGCAAAGCCUCAAUACACGUACCAGCUGGAACGCAAGGUUCAUCCAAAGAAGGGACCAGUAGAGAUCAUUAAGAGCAAACUGCUCCGUCAACUAUCUUGUUCUCUGCCCAGAGUGAAAAGAACAUUAAUAGACUUCUUCCCUGUUGUGCGCUGGCUGCCAAAAUACAAGAUAAAGGAAUAUGUCUGGGGUGACAUAAUGUCCGGGCUUAUAGUGGGGAUUAUUUUAGUGCCUCAAGCCAUCGCUUACUGCCUACUUGCAGGCUUGGAGCCAAUUUACGGGUUGUACACAUCCUUUUUUGCAAAUAUCAUUUACUUCAUUUUGGGAACAUCCAGGCAUGUAUCUGUGGGUAUCUUCAGCCUCAUGAGUUUAAUGGUAGGACAAGUCGUGGACAGAGAAGUCUAUUUAGCAGGGUUUGAUUUGGGUGAGGACAGUAAGCGAAGCUCCUUGGAUGUUGGAUGGAACGGCACUGAAGAGCACCAGGAUACAGCGGCCAAUUUCACCAUGGGGGCCUUCGGCAUGGAGUGUGGAAAGGAGUGCUAUGCGAUCAGCAUUGCAGCAGUUUUAACAUUCCUUGCUGGAUUUUAUCAGGUCCUGAUGGCUGUGUUCAGGCUUGGGUUUGUUUCAGUUUAUCUCUCCGCUCCAAUGCUGGACGGCUUCGCCACCGGUGCCUCAUGCACCAUUCUGACAGUCCAGGUGAAGUAUUUGGUGGGCCUGAAAAUCCCUCGGCAUCAGGGUUACGGAACCGUUGUUGUGACUUGGAUCAACAUUUUCAAGAAUAUACAUAAGACCAACUUCUGUGAUAUGAUUACAAGUGCAAUUUGUAUCACUGUUCUACUCCUGGGGAAAGAGCUCCAGGACCGGUACAAGGACCGUCUGAAGAUACCUCUGCCUACAGAACUGGUAGUAGUGGCCUUAGCAACAGUGAUUUCCCACUUUGCUGAUCUGAACGGUCAGUACAACUCAAGCAUCUCAGGUGCCAUUCCAACUGGUUUCAUUCCCCCAAAGGUUCCGAAUUUCAGUCUAAUACCAAGGGUCGCAAUUGAUGCCAUCCCAUUGGCUGUGAUCAGUUUUGCCUUUACUGUCUCCUUGUCAGAGAUGUUCGCAAAGAAGAAUGGCUACACCGUCAGACCAAACCAGGAGAUGUUGGCAAUUGGCUUUUGUAACAUCAUCCCAUCAUUUUUCCACUCUUUCACCACAAGUGCUGCGCUUGCCAAGACUAUGGUGAAAGACUCGACAGGUUGCCGAACACAAGUUUCUAGCGUGGUGAGCGCUUUAGUUGUGCUUUUGGUCCUUUUGUUUUUAGCUCCGUUCUUCUUCUCCCUGCAGAAGUGUGUCCUUGCCUGCAUCAUUAUUGUCAGUCUGAGGGGGGCCCUAAGGAAAUUCAGAGACUUGCCCAGGCUUUGGCGCCUUAGCAAAAUUGAUGCAGUUGUCUGGAUGGUGGCCAUGUCUUCAAGUGCUUUGAUCAGUGUAGAGAUCGGUCUCGUGAUUGGAGUAGUCUUCUCCAUGUUGUGCGUCUUGGCGCAAACCCAAUAUCCCAAGGCUUCACUACUGGGAAAAAUCGAGAAUACUACUUACUAUGAGGACAUGAAUGACUAUGACAACCUUGAGAUCAUUCCAAAAGUGAAGAUAUUUCGCUUUCAGGCUCCACUUUACUAUGCAAACAAGGACUUUUUCUUAAAGUCUUUGUUCAAAGCAGUUGGACUCGAGCCAUUCAUCGAAAGAACCAGACAGAAAAAAAUGGAGAAAAAAGCUAAAAACAGAAGUGCAAAGCAGACCGAUAAAGAGAAUGAUGUUAGUCUAAGCCUGGUAGCAAGUGAAGUGGAUUUCCACACCAUAAUCCUUGACUGUUCUUCUGUCCCUUUCAUUGACACCACAGGUAUUAACACCUUAAAAGGAGUGAUAAAAGAGUACAAAGAUGUUGGUGUAAACAUGAUCCUGGCAUGUUGCAACACAACAGUCAUAGAUUCUUUGAGGCGAAGUUCUUUCUUCGGGUCUGAGGAUAAAGAAAUGCAAACACGCUUAUUUCCCAACCUACAUAGUGCAGUUUCUUUUGCUACAAGUGACACUGCAGCAUCGGUUAACAAUACACCUGUGUAAAGGGAAACCUGAUUUUAUGCUCAAAAAGACAUUAAAUUCACCCCAAUAGGAUACUAUUAUCAUGUUUUUUAGAAACCUUGUACAUCAUAAAUGAUUAGCUAAUGCAGAAUGCAAUCUGACGACAUUAAUACAACAAUUUUUUAUACUUAAGUUUUUUUCUCAUUUUCACAUACUCUAAGGAAUAAUGAUAUUGUUACUGUAAUGUAUUUAUGCCACAUUCACAUCAUGUGGGAGAAUAAGAAAACUUGUGCUAACUUGAGAGAAUUCCUGCAUUUCCAUUAUAGUGUUUAUCUAACAUUAGUUGGCAUUAGCAUACAGUUGUGUUCAUGUUAAAUAGGUGCAAACCUUCCUACAACCUCCCUACUUCCUGUAAUUCAUAACAAGAUUUUGUAUGAAAUAUAAAAAUGCCUUAUUUCAUUGGAGGCACAACAUGUAUGUAGUAUAUUCCCUCACCCUCACUGGCUUUGGAUAGAGAAAUCGGGGUUAGCAAAGCUCCCAAAGCCUCAAAUUGCUACUCAAAUGUUGUUGUGAAUGUUUCUCAGCAGGAAACUAGCAGUGAACGUUUUUCCCAUAUGAUGUGAAUACAGCAUUAACCAGCUCUUAUAAAUGUGACAGAUGUAAUCCAAUUUUUUUGUAUUAAUAAAUAGUAUUGAUUUUUCUUA